AUGUUAAGCGUUCCAAAGCGGUAUGUUGUAGACACCGGAGAAGGCUUACCAACGGUGUCGCCGACAGGGGUUAGAAUAUCUGCACUGAAGGGUCAAAUAUCUGACAGAGUUAAUGACGCAUCAUGGCCAUAUACACGACGGUUACUGCAAACCAAACGUGCUUACAAAAAUCGUUUUAGUCCCGAGCGCUUGGAACGCUUGGACCGUAUGAUAGAAGCCGCUAAUGCAACUAUGUACUCCAAGCUUGCUAACUGCGUUCUCGAUUUGAAGAAACACGAUAAUAAAGACGUAAAGAAAAAGAGAGGUUGGACUGAGAGCGAGUGGAAGAAACAUAUGGAUUACAUCAGUCAGAUCGCCGCCCCUAAAAAAGAUUUUAGACCGCCACCAUUAAAGAGAGGACCACGGAAACCAAUUGAAGCUCUAUUGCCUCGUCUCAAUGAGAUAAGCGUCCCACCACAAUUCAAGAUGUACAAAAGGUUAUCUCAAGAAUCAAACUAUAGAAAUCCUGUUAAGGUAAGUGAUGCAAUACAUUAUAAUAUGUAUCCAAAUUUUGACUGCGCAGGUACUUCCUGA